AUGGCUUCCGUCACUGCAACCAUGAAGGCCAUCAACGAUGCGUGCCGAUCCAAAGGUGGCCACUACGCAACCUACAGCUGCAAGGUGAUCUCUUGGGAUGAUGUGAGCCGUGGGACAGUUGGUGGCUCAUUAUCUUGCUGGGGGGCAAACAUCACGGACACAUACCUCAAGAGCAAGAGUGGAACGCAGCUCUUCACGGUGCGCAGUGACAACUGGAAUGAGAAGCUGGGGGUCGUAUGUGCUGAUGAAGUGGCAGUCGUGGCAUCUCGCACAGGUGGAGCGCUGCAGCCAGUAACGCUUCGGACGAUGUUGCGGCAGAUGGGCGCUUACGGCAGCUAUGCUGGCCUCGAAGGGCAGACCGACGUCUCGAAUUCCACCUUGGAUUCACAGUGCUCCAUUCGCUUUCAGACAACUUUCAUUCCGGUGGAAGAUGGCCCCGAUGGCCGGGGGAAGCUCGAGUUUGCGACGGAGGCCUACAACUACAACACCAUGAGUGAUGCCGAUCCGCGCAAUCUCGUGUUGCUAUGCACUAGCCAGGGCAUGGCCGUCCAGCAAGAUGGGCAGGGUGCGAACAAGCUCUUUCACCAUGCGGUUGAUGACGAUGGCAAGAUCCGCCGCUACUGGCUGGAAGCCGAGGAAAGCCGCCAUCAGGUGGGUGGCGAGCAGCGAGAGACGGACCAGGAGCGGCUAGAAGCCUUGGCUCGCGGCAAGGCGACCUCGAGCGUCAUUGGCAUCCGUGCCAUGGGCCAACGCUUCAACGUGCUCAUGACCAUCCAGGUCCCUCUGCAGCAGCAGGCACGGCCCACGCGCGGAGCGGGAGCUUUUCCCGUGCUGGCUUGCACCUCCAUGUCAUCGUUUGGCAGUGCAUCGGGAGCUUAUGGCAUAGGCUCCGCCCCGCAGCUGUGCCUGCGCCUACGCUCAGCGGAGCCCCGCUGUGCUGUGCGAACAGGCCAAAGCAGCGCCGCGAGGGUCUCGCGUGGCACGGAGCAUGAUGUUUGGAAAGGCUUGUCCAUCAAAUCCCCCAAGCGAAACGCUACCGAGCAUGUGACCGUCACGGUUGUCAUAUACAACGCCGUCAAAGGGGGUGUGCCAACACCACAGGACGUCGCGGCGGCCAUCGAUGACCUCGAGAACCUGUACCGAGCUUGUGCUGACAGCGGUCGCUUGACCGAUAGCAAGUUCGACUUCAUGAAGGAGCAGCUAACAGUCGACGACGUGAUCGACAUUAAGUCGAAAUUGCAGUUUCAGCCUCCAGCUGUGGAUGUUCUCCAGCAUGACGUCUUUCCGACGGCUUGA